AUGGCAAAGCUUUGGCACGUCCUGCUGCUGUGUUGGGCAUGGAGUCCCUUGUGCCUUCCUUCCAGUGUGAGCUUCACUGGUACACCACAGGAGUGUGAAAAAGCUCCCUUUGUCCCUGGUUACAACUUGGGUGGCGAAGGCUUUGACAUUGUGACGAUGGAGAGAAAAGGCGCCUAUGUGAUCGACAGUGAAACAUGGGAUACUGGAAAUGGCACUUGUAAGAUGUACCAGAACAGCUACAUGAAUGGAGAGAAGCAGAAGGUCCCCGCUGCUGUGGUGGACUGGAGAACCCUGCCCAAAUGCAAUCUGAAAGUCUCCAGUGUGAUCUAUGAGUCGGUUGAAAGUCUUGUCAAUGAUUCUACAGCAUCGGUGUUAAACAACUGGAAAGCUGACCUUAAUUUCCCUUCGACAAAGCCUGGGGUUGCAUUAGCAGGUUCCCACGCCAAAGCAUCUACCUUUGGCAUCAAUAAGUCAAAACAAGACCGUUACACCUUCUUUCACCAUUUUGCCAACUGUCAAUACUAUGGUUACAGACUGGCAACAAAUCUUCAGUUGAGUCAUGAAUUCAGUUCCGCUGUGGAUUCCCUUCCUCCUUACAACGUUGAUAAUGUGGAAGCAUAUAAUAAUGUGAUUGACACUUAUGGCACACAUUACAUCACACAAGUGUAUCUUGGAGGGGAUAUGAAAGCAAUCACUGCUGUCAGGACCUGCAAGGCAACCAUGAAUGACCUGUCAGCUACAGAAAUCAAUGAUUGUUUGUCAGUCGAGGCUUUGAGUGGUGUCAAGCAUCCCGACAAUAUUAACUCACUGAUAACGCACUGUAACUUAAAAAAGAAGAAGCUAUCUAUCCCAAGUUUCAGUGGUGAAUUUAGUGAGCGACACACAGAGGUCAUUGGUGGAAGUAGUAACAGUACUGAUAUCCUCUUUCAAGCGAAAGACCCUUCUGUCUAUAAAAGUUGGCUUAGUUCACUGCAAAGUACACCUGAUGUGGUGCGUUACAGCUUAAAGCCCCUUCACACCUUACUGCCAACAAAUCAUCCAGCUAGGGUGGGACUGAAGAGAGGAAUAGAGGACUACAUUCAGAAAAAUGCAAUGUUGAAACAAUGUUCAGAAACCUGUAAGAUUGGGCACAGAUUGAAUGCUAGAGAUCCCUGUGCUUGUGUCUGCAACAAUAACAAGAAUAUUAAGGUAAAUUGCUGUCCUGCUUGGAAAGGUCUUGCAACAUUAAAGGUGUUCAGUCUUUAUGCAACGGAUCUGUAUGGUGACUGGUGGCCAGAUAAGACAGAUGGUUCUGUGGAGGUGACAUAUGGUGACCAGAUAAUGCACACUGGUAUCAUACAUGGUAAUAACAAUCCUAGAUGGUCAGACACAAUUGAAUUUGGAACCAUCACCAUUGACAUGAAAAACAAACUUAGAUUUGUUGUUUAUGACGAGGACAGUUACUUGAACAAUGAUCUGUUAGGCGAGUGUUCAUUUGAUCUGCGAGCAGGGAAUGUGAGCGAUAGCUGUAUGCUGAAUCAUGGGACUUUCUACUUUUCCUAUGAAGUGGAGUGUGCACCAAAUCUUGGUGGGUACUCGUGUCAGGAGUACAUCCCUUCUCCUAUGAGCUCCUCUUUGGCUGACGUUUUCUACUCCAGAAACGGAGUCCUUCUUGGAACGUCAGGGGAGAAGUAUGGCGAGUCAGUCAGUGUAAGAGCAGCUGUUGAUGUGAAAUGA